AUGAAUGAUACAAAUAGUAUUUCGCCAAGAGACAUUAAACAUCCCAUAACAACAACGAAAAAGAAAAAGAUUAAACAUCAAAGAUCCAUAUUUCAGAGUAUUUCAUCAAAAUAUGACUCAAUUUUUAAAUCUUUUUUAUCAAAAAUCAGUUUUAGCGACAAUUUUCAUAAUAAAUUACACAUCCUCGAAUUAUAUACAGAUACAGACAAUAUCACAGAUAAUACUGAACCAUCAGACUCCAAAACAGAAAGCAAAUUAGAAGUUCCACAUUUUUUUACCGAAAUCGAUGCGAUGUUUAUUUUCAUUUGCUUAUUUCUCGGAAUCCUGUCUCGCACAUUUGUAGCCGAUAAUCCAAACAAUUGCACGUUUGAUGAAACUCACUUUGGAAACUUCACAAAUUCAUAUAUCAGACAAGAAUACUUUGUCGACAUCCAUCCUCCACUUGCAAAACUGUGGAUUUCAGGAUUUUCAAAACUUCAAAAUUAUACCGGUCACACAGUUUAUAAUUCUUCAACAUACACUGACACAGAUUAUGUUGAACUCCGUUUUUGUGUCACAUCAUUUUCAUCUCUUGUCCCAUGUUUAUCAUAUCUUUCUCUUCGCAUUCUGGGUGUUUCACCCAGCAAUUCAAUUUUAUCCUCCGUUCUUUUAUUAUGCGACAACAGCCUUGCCGCAGAAGGUAAACUCAUUCUCACCGACGGAAUCCUUCACUCAGUUUCUCUUAUUUCAGUUUGCUGCAGUUGCUAUUUAUUUGUUGACGAUUCUAUCAUUCAUUUGAUUAUCUGUGGUCUUUCAUUAGGUUGUGCCUGCUCUAUCAAAUACACAGCAGGUGGCUUGAUUUCAUUACCCGCAUUUUUCCUCUUUUUCAAGAUAUGUAGUGGCAAUUUAUAUGAAUUAUUCAUUUUACCACCAUUUCAAUCACAUUCAAAAGAACGAAACAAUAUAUAUUCAUCAGAAGAAAAUGAAUCUUCAAACGAUAAUCUUAUUAUUCGAAUAUUUCACACGAAAUUUAUUAUUUUAAUCAUGGAAGAUAUUAUUAUUGUCACAUUUGCUAUUUCAGUCUUAAUCACUACAUUUUUUGUUCAUAUCAUUGUUUUGAAAUACAAGAGCUAUUUAGAAAACGGCUUUGACUCAUCAUACGAGAACUCAUUAUUAUGGCGUUGGGAAUCUCAAGACCAAAGUCGAUUUGUUUCUACGGGACUAUUUAAACGGUCAUGGAUCUCAUUUGUUUCUAUGCACACAAUUAAUAACGGAUGCAAAGUCCAAGGCGGAUUUGAAUCUAAGUGGUAUCAAUGGCCAUUAGUUCGCAUUAAUUCAUUAAUCUGGUUUCAAACAUCUAAUAAAGCAGUUUGGCCACUUCCCAAUCCAUUCACAUACUACUUUUGUGUCUAUGGUAUUAUUUUGUGCUUUAUCUUACCUAUUUUUAAAAUCGAAACUAUUUCAUUAAUUAGUUGGACUAUUACAUACUCAUCGAGUUUAUUCCCAUUUAUAUUAGUUCCACGAACUACAUAUCAAUACCACUACUCUAUUCCACUAAUUAUUGGUGUUCUCGGAUUUUGUCACUCAUUUAGUUUUCUUCCUAUGAAUCAAUCUCUGAGAGCAUCAAUUUGUUAUACUAUAUGCAUUAUUACACUUGUUUUCGGGAUUUAUUACUUCCCAAUUCUUCAUUCAUUUCCAGAUGUACCUUUACAUUUCAGAGCAUGGAAACCUAUUCUUAAGAAGAUCUACAACCAAAAGUUCACCAUGCUAUCAGAUCUCACUAUUAAUAUUCUACAAGGACCAAAAGCUUAA